CAGUUAGAUUCAGUUAAUCAAUUAUAAAUAUUUAUCUUAUAGUAAAAAAAUAUUCUUGGCCCGUUGGCCGUCUACUAAGAAGCCCAUAUAUACACCACAAUCCCUGUGAAAACAGACAUGGCAGAGUGGAUACAAUGGCGACAACUGAGAAGAGGCCUCAUGUCAUCUUUAUUCCAUUACCUUCACAAAGCCACGUAAAGGCCAUGCUCAAACUAGCGCAGCUUCUUCACCACAAGGGACUCCAAAUUACCUUCGUUAAUACAGAGUUCAUCCACGAGAGGUUGGUCAACUCUGGUGGUGCCCACACGCUCGAUGGCUCAGAUGGUUUCCGAUUUGCAACAAUUCCAGACAGCAUUCCUCGGAGAUCUGAAGAGAAACCUGCAAUGGACCUGCUUCUUCAUCAUAUUGAAACCAGCUUCUUAGCUCCUUUUGUCGAACUUGCAAGGAAACUUCCAACUCCACCAACUCUAAUCAUAUCUGAUGGCGUGGUGUCGGUUUUCACCACUGAUGCAGCAAAAAAGCUCGGGAUCCCAAUCAUGCUCUACUGGACAGUUGCAGCUUGUGGCUUCAUGGUUUCAUACCAGACUAAAUCUCUCAUCGAGAAAGGAUUUAUACCACUUAAAGAUGAAAGUUACUUGACAAACGGGUAUUUAGAAACCAUUAUCGAUUGGAUUCCAGGAAUGAAAGGAAUCCAGCUAAAGCAUUUGCCCAGCCACAUUAGGACAACCAAUCCUGACGAUAAAAUUCUUAAGUUCAUUACUGAAUCUACACAAAAGGCCCACAAUGUUGAAUAUAAUAUUAUUCACACCUUUGACGCGCUGGAGGCUACUAUAGUCAACGCUCUUUCUUCGAUGUUUCCUCACGUUUAUACAGUUGGCCCUGUACAGUUGCUUCUUAAUCAGAUACCUGCCGAAGAAAAACAAGCCACAAUGUCAAAUUUCGAUGGAUACAGCUUAUGGAAAGAAGAACCAGAGUGUUUACAGUGGCUCGAAUCAAAGGAACCAAAGUCUGUGAUUUAUGUGAACUUUGGGAGUUCAACAGUAAUGUCCUUACAAGAUCUUACAGAAUUCGGUUGGGGACUUGCUAAUAGCAACCACUAUUUCCUUUGGAUAAUUAGAUCUGGUUUGGUUGUGGGAGAAUCCGCAGUUUUGCCUCCUGAAUUUGAGGAGCAUAUUAAAGAGAAGGGUUUCAUAGCAAGCUGGUGCCCACAAGAAAAAGUCCUGGAGCACCCUUCCAUCGGAGGGUUCUUGACUCACGGUGGUUGGGGUUCCACCAUUGAGAGCUUGUCGGCUGGGGUACCAAUGAUUUGUUGGCCUUAUGGGUGGGAUCAACCGACUAAUUGUAGGUAUAUAUAUAAGGAGUGGGAGGUUGGACUGGAGAUGGUAAAGGACGUUAAAAGAGAGGAUGUCAGUAAGCUCGUACAUGAGUUGAUGCUCGGGGAAGAAGGCCACCGUAUGAUGAAUAAGGCCAUGGAGUGGAAGGAAAAGGCUUACGCUGCGACAGGUCCCGGUGGUUCAUCUUCCUUGAAUGUGCACAAACUUGUCGAGGAAAUAGUUAUGCUGUCAAGGAACUAAAAGUUUCUUCUCCACUUACUUACGACAUGGAUUAAAAGUUUAUAACUAAGCCGUUAUAAAAAGUAUAUACGGUAGUCUAUUUAUGGGCGUUGUGAUUUGCAUAUUUCAAGUAACAUAUGAUGCUUUUCUAAACAUUCUUGUCAAUUUAUCUGCUACCAAAACCUAAGUUUAAAAAAACGUGUUUAGAUAUAUGAACUCAAAAAGGCAUGAAAAUAGAGUAAAUUGAUAAUUUUGUUUUUUAGGAAAAUGGCACUAUGGGGCUACAAACUCUUGGGUUUUGUUUUAAAAUUUCCCUUAUGUACCUUUUUUUAUUUUAUUUUAAAGGACUAAAGUACAAUUUUACGGGUUAUAUUGGUGACUUUAUUUAGAGUACCCAUUUUCAUUGUCAUGUAAUGACACCUAAGCACUGAUUUAGUAAUGUGCUACGCAUUCACUUAAUCUCAUAUUUUCUAUAAAGGGGUGCUAUAGGAAAUUAGCAAGAAUAGAGAGCAUUUUAUUUAAGAGGGUACAUAUGUUAGUUUCUUUGUUGCAACAAUGCAUAAGAAGGUAGAGUGUACGUGAAUAUUGUUGGAUAAAAUGUCUAAGUUCAUGACUAUAAUUAGUAUAAACUUAAAUUGAUAGUAACAAAGUCGUUUCGGGUUGUCUUCAAAUCUAGCAAUUGAACAUGAUGAUUUUUAGAGAAAGAUGUUGAUUUUUUAUUUGAUUAAUAAAAUCAAAUAAAUAGUUUAUUAAUAUAUUAUGAG